ACAACCACCGAACUUUCACGAGCAAAUCUUUGUUAUAAGGCUGCGGUACGGCUUUGUCCGCUCUACUACACCCAACCCUGACCAGCUUCACAUGCCGCUGCUGCGCAGUGUCUCGCAUUCAACAUGGCCCAAGCCGCAAAGAGGGUGACUUUGCCCGAACUGCGCAAAAGUGAAGAUGUAAAGCCUGUCAAGAAAACGCCGAUUCAUUAUCCCUUUUGGUUCGGCGGCAGCGCAAGCUGUUUUGCGACUUUCUUCACCCACCCGCUGGAUCUUGUAAAGGUCCGUCUACAAACACAGGCGACUCAUGGCGUACGAUUAAAUAUGAUGCAAAUGUUUUCUCAUGUCAUGAAGACUGAUGGCGUACUGGGUCUAUACAAGGGAAUAUCUGCGGCGCAGCUUCGUCAAGGCACAUACAGCAUGACACGCUUCGGCGUGUAUGAAUCGCUAAAAGCCCGCAUGACAACCACCGACAAGAGACCUUCGUUCCUUACACUCGUUGGUAUGGCUUCGGUAUCAGGCUUUCUUGGUGGCUUUGCUGGAAAUCCAGGAGACAUCUUGAACGUGCGCAUGCAACACGAUGCUGCGCUACCGAAAGAGAAGAGGCGAGGCUACAAGAAUGCGAUUGAUGGCAUAAUACGCAUGUCGCGAGAAGAAGGCGUAGCUAGCCUGUGGAAAGGCGUUUGGCCCAACUCCUCGAGAGCCGUGCUCAUGACUGUUGGCCAAUUGGCGACCUACGAUGGAUUCAAGCGUGUUCUGUUGAACUACACGCCUCUCCAGGACGAUCUCACCACGCAUUUCACCGCAUCGUUUCUUGCAGGUUUUGUCGCUACCACAAUCUGCUCGCCAGUAGAUGUUAUCAAGACCAAAGUCAUGAGUUCAAGUGACAAUGCGGGGCUGGUCAAGACAGUCUCUGAUACAAUGAGGGCAGAGGGGUUCCGCUGGAUGUUCAAGGGCUGGGUACCAAGUUUUAUUCGCGUCGGACCGCAUACUGUACUCACUUUCCUAUUUCUGGAACAACAUAAGAAGAUAUAUCGUCAGCUCAAGAAGGUAGAUUAGAAGGAAGAUGUGAAGAAAAAGGAGCUUACGAGAGAGGUGAAGUUGAGGUAUAGAUGGGUUCACGAUAUCACAUGGGCGGGCGUUUGGCGCGGACAGCAUUCUUGCAGCGCAGUACUGUUACUUGUAUAUAGAGGCAGGUCUCCAGCACAUAGAAGGGGGUAACCGAUACACGACUGGUAAUGCAUCUCUGGUGGAGCUCGCGGGCAGAUUGAGAAGACGUUGGCAUAAAUACAGAAUUGCAUUUGUUCAAGUCU